UUGCUUUCUGCAUAUGUAUAUUAAAUUGGUAAAUAACUUUUUAUAUGACUUUACAGUCUUGUGCCGCAUAACAACAUGAGGGACCUGAGGGACCACAUAUACAUGACAGUGGUCCCAUAAGAGUAUAAUGGAGCUGAAAAAUUCCUGUGGCCUAGUGACAUGUGCCGAGGUCAUAGCACAAUUAAUGACUGCUUUGUGCCGGUUUCAGUCUAGAGAUAGUAAUGCCAUCAGCCUGGGGACACUCACCUUUGCCCUCGUGAGCCUCUCACAGGCAUCUCCUCUUUCUAAACCAGUUUUACUGUUGGACCUACCCUGUGGUUCUCACUGGGACUGCAAGAUGCCCUUUAGCGAUAACCAGUAGGACACUAAAGAAAACAGUUUUCUUACUUAUAGGCCCUGGAGCAUACAGGGGCACACCAGGAGGCACACACAGCAAGGUCCAGAAAAAAACAAGAGGCCAAAUGAUCAAUUGUGGAAAUCAGGAUCUCCAAAACAUGUAGCCCAAAUGCUUGCAAAUGUCCUUGAGAUAGACUUAUCCCUGGUUAAGAAUGCUGUUUCAAUGUAUUGCCGAUUGGGCUUUGCCCAUAAGAAAGGACAAGUAAUAAAUUUGGAUCAACUUCAUUCAUCGUGGAGAAAUGUUCCAUCCAUAAACAGAUUAANGAGUACUUUAGAUCCACAAAAGAUGCUCCUCUCAUGGGAUGGCGGGGAAAGGAGGAGUCCUGUACAAGAAGCUUCGUCGGCUACCGACACCGACACAAACAGUCAAGAAGACCCAGCUGACACAGCCAGUGUAAGCAGUUUGAGUUUGUCUACAGGAUACACAAAGCGUAUCGCGUUCCUGUUUGACUCAACACUCACUGCCUUUUUAAUGAUGGGAAAUCUUUCACCCGUAAGUCACAUCCUUGUUUAAAUAUGCAAAUGUUUAAAUAAAGCUU